CUCUGACCGUCAGAUUCGAGCGGAUAUUUUUAUGAAAUCUGUUCUGUUUUUAUUAAAAUAUUGUGUAGUUGUUGGUAAUUGGUGAUAAAAAAACUUAAUCAGAACCAUGAUGACGAAAAGGUUUUUCUUUUGUAUGAGCCUAAAAAAUGGGGCUUGGAUUAUGACAGCAUCUAAUAUGUUAUAUGGUGUAUCGUCACUUCUGUCAGCAGCUAUUGCACUUGAAAAUUACCAAGACGAGGAGGACCGUUUAAAUCUGAUUAUGACCAUUUUGUUGGGUGUGUUCAAUAUUUUCGUUGGAGGUGUAAUGAUAUACGCAUUAAUAAAAGGCAAUGAACGAACAGUGUUGCUUUACAUCCUGUUGGAAAUGGUGAACCUUUUCAUUAUUACAGUAUUUUCUGCUAUAAAUAUUUUCGAAUACAAAUCUUUGACUAGAUCGGCCAGUUUGACAGGACUUUGCAUCGGUUGCGUUUUACUAUGGUAUGGACUUUACUGUAUGGUAUCUUUCUAUAAUGAACUGGAAGAAUACAACAAGACCACUAUUAAAUCCGGACUUAUUGAGUAUUCUGCCACCAAUGGUACAACUGGCUUGGAACCGGUAAUGUUUCCAGAAAAAGCAAUUGACAGUACAGCAGUAUAAAUGUUAUUAAAAAAAAAUAUGAAAUGAAUUAUUUUUGUCAAAUUUUACGGGAUAUUAGUAUUAGUUUUAUUAUGAAAUAAAGAAUCUAAGCUCAAAUAAUGUAAAAGUAUAAAAGUGGAAUUUAAUAUUAUUUAGCUAAUCUGUAUUUUAAGUAAACAAAUAAUGUAAAAGUAUAAAAAAU